AUGGCCUCGACAAACUACAAGGAAGCCUUCUCGCUCUUCGACAAGCGCGGCACCGGCCGCGUCGCCCUCGAGUCCCUGGGCGACCUGCUCCGCGCGUGCGGACAGAACCCGACCCUUGCGGAGAUUGCAGAUUUGGAGAAGGGGAUUGGCGGUGACUUCGAUUUCGAGUCGUUCCUCAAGGUCCUGAACCGCCCUGGUGGAUUCCGUGAGCCCGGUGAGCCAGAGGAGUAUUGUCGUGGGUUCCAGGUGUUUGAUAAGGAUAUGACGGGUGUUAUUGGUGUUGGGCAGCUUCGCUACAUUUUGACGAACUUGGGCGAGAAGAUGUCGGAUGAGGAGGUUGAUGAGCUGCUCAAGGCCGUUGAUACCAGCUCUGGUGAGAUCAACUAUACCGAUCUCGUUCGCACCAUCCUGGCCAACUAA